AUGGAGUAUAUGAGCACUGGGAGUGACGACAAAGAAGAGAUUGACUUGUUAAUUGAAAACUUGAACAUGUCUGAUGUGAUAGACAUGAUGGAAAAUCUUUACCCAAGUGGAAAAACUGCAGUUUAUGAACACAGUCUUGUCAAGAUGUGCCAGGACACUAAUCAAAACGAAGAGCGGGCAGAAUCCCUUUUACUUAGUGGCCAGGAAGUUUCUUUGCCAUCAUCUGUCAGAUACGGAACUGUGGAGGACUUGCUUGUUUUUGCAAAUCAGGUUUCUAAUGCCACAAAACAUUACUGUGGAUGCCGGCCACGGGAAUCUGGAAUCCUCUUAAAUACGGUCAUUGCCCCCCAGAAUGGAAGAUACCAGAUCGAUGCUGAUGUUGUUCUUUUUCCAUGGAAGCUAACUUAUAGAAAUAUUGGCUCUGAUUUCAUUCCCCGAGGGGCUUUUGGAAAAGUAUACUUAGCACAAGAUAGGAGGACAAAAAAAAGAAUGGCAUGUAAACUGAUCCCAGUAGAUCAAUUCAAGCCAUCAGAUGUUGAAAUUCAGGCAUGCUUCCGUCAUGAAAAUAUUGCAGAAUUAUAUGGUGCUGUCUUGUGGGGCGAAACCAUCCAUCUCUUUAUGGAAGCAGGUGAGGGAGGAUCUGUAAUGGAGAAGCUGGAGAGUUGUGGACCCAUGAGAGAAUUCGAAAUUAUUUGGGUCACGAAGCACGUUCUGAAAGGACUUGAUUUUCUUCACUCAAAGAAAGUAAUACACCAUGACAUUAAACCCAGCAACAUUGUUUUCAUGUCCACAAAAGCUGUGUUGGUAGAUUUUGGCCUAAGUGUUAAAAUGACAGAAGAAAUCUAUUUUCCUAAGGAUCUUCGGGGAACAGAGAUUUACAUGAGCCCAGAGGUGAUUCUCUGCAGAGGCCAUUCCACAAAAGCUGAUAUCUACAGCUUGGGGGCCACCCUCAUCCACAUGCAGACGGGUACCCCUCCCUGGGUGAAACGGUACCCUCGCUCUUCCUACCCCUCCUACCUUUACAUAAUCCACAAGCAGGCACCCCCUUUAGAAGACAUUGCUCAGGACUGCAGCCCCAGCAUGAGAGAGCUGAUAGAGGCAGCCUUGGAGAGGAACCCCAACCAUCGCCCAAGUGCAGCUGACUUAAUAAAGCACGACGCCCUAAACCCUCCAAGAGAGGAGCAGCCACGCUGUCAGAGUUUGGACUCAGCCCUUUUUGAGAGGAAAAAACUAACGAGGAAGGAUUUGGAGCUGCCUGAAAACAUUACAGAUUCUUCUUCUUGCACUGGGAGCACGGAAGAAUCAGAAGCAAUGAAGAGGCAGCGGUCUCUCUAUAUCGACCUCGGAGCCCUGGCUGGCUAUUUCAACAUUGUCCGGGGGCCUCCGACAUUGGAAUACGGCUGACAGACAGCAUUGUCUACUCUAAGUUAGGGUUCAG